UUGAAGCAAGUUGAAGAGUAUAUGGCUUAUAAAAAAUACCCUCCGAGUCUUCGACAGCGGAUUACCGGCUACUUCGAGCAUCGAUACAAAGGCAAAAUGUUCAACGAGAAAGAAAUUUUGAAUGAACUCUCUGAGUGCCUUCGUGAACAAAUUCUAAACUACAACUGCCGAGCGCUGGUUGCCACGGUGCCUAUCUUUGCCAACGCGGACCAGAACUUUGUAUCAGAGGUUGUUGUGAGACUGAAGCAAGAACUUUUCCAGCCGGGUGAUUUGAUCAUCAAGGAAGGAACUUGUGGAAAUAAAAUGUAUUUUAUCCAGGAAGGUGUGGUGAAUAUCAUCACAAAAUCGGGGACAAUCGUCACGCGACUAACAGAUGGGUGUUACUUUGGUGAAAUAUGUCUUUUGACAAACGCUAGACGCGUGGCUACAGUUCAGGCCGACACCUAUUGUACUCUGUAUUCAUUGGAACAAAAGCAUUUCUAUGAAGUCCUUGAAAACUUUCCUUCCAUGCGACAAACGAUGGAAAAGGUCGCAGCCGAAAGGCUACAGAAUAUUGGACAGAGACCCUCGAUAUUAAGGCAUUCAAGGUCAGACGAGCCGUCAACCGAUGCAGACCGAAUCGCGAAUCAGCGAAAAGGUAGGAGAAAAAAUAAUUUCACUUGGAUGAAACUGGAGGGACAGGGCACACGUGGAUCAGCUAAUGAAGAUGUGGCCUCAUCAGGUGAAUCAACAGACAACGGCGACAGUCAAGCCGUGAAAGAUCCAAAGCAGUCCAUCUCUCCCGGUGUUUGUGCACAACAAAACACAAAUGAUAUGCUCAAAACGAUCAGUGAAUUGCAGGGGAGCAGUACUUCACCGAGUCACAAAAACAGCUGCUUUAAUGCGGAUACGAGUACAGCAACAAAUUUCGAGACGUCUCGAGUUUGA